UGACGUGCGGGCGCUAACGUGACAGCGCUUCCGGUUCGGGUGCCGGCGGUGCCGCCGCUCCCUCGGCGGGCGGAGUGUGGGGCUCGGGCACCCGGCGGCAUCGGGGCGGGCGCUGGGGCCGCGCGGCGCUGCCGCUGCUGCUCCGGGCUGCUGCCGGGGCUCCCGUGCCGCCGGCCGUGCGCGGGAGGGCGGUGCGGGGAUUUCCCCGCGCUGAGGGGAACCGGCCCCGGCGCCUCCCGAACCCGCCGCUCCGGCGCUGACAGGGAAUUCUUUUCCAGCGUAGGCAGAGAAUUCUUUACACCUAUGCCCUGGGUGUGGUGGAUGUCCCGAUUGAGGGCAGUGAUGGCUUUCAUGAAGAAAUCUUUAAAUGAAGACAGGAUUACCCAAAUAUUUCCUUUCACUGCUGCUGUUCCUGGUGCAUUAGAAGCUACUGCUUCAGUCUGAGGAUGGAACAGAAUACGGAAAUUUGAGCACAGCCAAUAGAACGCCUGGGUAUCAGUGACGUCACGGGUUACUAGGCAGACUAGAGCUCUCCUUCCCGCCCGCUGCAGCAGCAGCAACCAAUGGGAAGGCGUUCUCGGAGACGUCACAGCUCCAACGCGGAUGUGGCGAGCGCAUAGGCUGCCGGGAUCGGGGCGGCGGUCGCGGCUGCCGAUUGAUCCCGAUCGGCUCCGAUAGAUCCCGAUCGGCUCCGAUUGAUCCCGAUCGAUCCCGAUCCAUCCCCCCGCCAUGUUCUUCACCUGCGGCCCCAACGAGGCCAUGGUGGUGUCAGGUUUCUGCCGCAGCCCCCCGGUGAUGGUGGCCGGGGGCCGAGUGCUGGUGAUCCCGUGUUUGCAGCAGAUCCAGCGGAUCUCCCUGAACACGCUGACGCUGCCGGUGCGCAGUGAGAAGGUUUACACUCGGCACGGGGUGCCCAUCUCGGUCACUGGCAUUGCACAGGUGAAGAUCCAGGGGCAGAACAAGGAGAUGCUGGCGGCCGCCUGCCAGAUGUUCCUGGGCAAGUCGGAGAGCGAGAUCGGCCAGAUCGCCCUGGAGACGCUGGAGGGCCACCAGCGCGCCAUCAUGGCUCACAUGACCGUGGAGGAGAUCUACAAGGACCGGCAGAAGUUCUCGGAUCAGGUUUUCCGCGUGGCCUCGUCCGACCUGGUGAACAUGGGGAUCUCGGUGGUGAGCUACACCCUGAAGGACGUGCAUGAUGAACAGGAUUACCUGCGCUCCCUCGGGAAGGGCCGCACGGCGCAGGUGCAGCGCGACGCCCGCGUCGGGGAGGCCGAGGCCAAGCGGGACGCUGGCAUCAAGGAGGCCCGUGCCCGCCAGGAGCAGGUCUCGGCCCAGCUGCUCUCCGAGGUGGCCACGGCGCGAGCCCAGCGCGACUUCCAGGUGGCCCAGGCCGAGUGCGACGGGGCCGUGAGCGCGCGCAGGGCCACGGCCGAGCUGGCCUUCCAGCUACAGGCGGCCCGCUCGCAGCAGGCCAUCGCGGCGCAGCGCGGGGAGGUGGCGCUGGUGGAGCGGGCGCAGCGGGCGCAGCUGCAGGAGCAGGAGGUCGGGCGGCGCCGCCAGGAGCUCGAGGCCACCGUGCGCAAACCGGCCGAGGCCGAGCGCUACCGCCUGGAGCGGCUGGCCGAGGCGCACAGGACGCAGGUGCUGCUGCAGGCUGAGGCCGAGGCCGAGACCCUCAAGGUGACCGGAGCCGCCCGUGCCGCCGCCGUGGCCUCGCGGGCUCGCGCCGAAGCCGCCGCGGUCGCCGCCAAGGCCGAGGCGUUCGGGCAGUUCCAGGACGCGGCCGUGGUGGAUCUGGUGCUGCAGAGGCUGCCCCAGGUGGCCGAGGCCGUGGCCCAGCCCCUCCUGGGCACUCGCCGGGUGACGCUCGUCGGCGGCGCCGGUGACGUCGGCGUUGCCAAAAUUCCCUCGGAAAUUCUGGAUUUGGUGACGAAGCUUCCGGGGGCCGUGGGGGCCCUGGCCAAGGGGUCCCAGGUGACGCCGACGGAGCCCGAGGCCACCGGGACGUCCCCAAACGUCCCCAAAAUGUCCCCAAACCGUCCCUGAGCGCCGCCCCCCAGUGACACCAAAGUGUCCCCAUAUGUCCCCAAAGUGCCACCAACCCCCCAGAGCCACCGGGACCGCGCUGUGAACCCAAAGUGCCACCAAGUGCCACCAGCCCCCAUGUCCCUUUGUCCCCAAAGUGCCACCAAAGUCUCCCAAAAUUGUCCCCAAGGUGCCACCCCCAAAUGCCACCAUGUCCCUGAAAUGUCCCUGAAUGUCACCGUCCUCAAAAUGUGUCCCUGUGUCCUUUAAGUGCCACCACCCUGGCAUGUCCCCAAAGUGCCACCUUGUCCUCAAAGUGUCCCCAAGGUGCCACCACCCCCAGUGUCACCCUGUCCCCCAUGAGCCAUUCCCAAAUGUCGUGUCCCCAACGUGUCCCCAAGGUGCCACCCCUGCAGUGUCAAUAAAGUGUCCUCUAAGUGCCA